GAUCAGGUUCAUGGAAACGCCGUUCCAGGUGUAGCUUUGCAGAAACUAACUUCUUAUCUCAUGAAUCUGUUAUCGUACAUUAGAUAUGCACAAGCAUGAAAGAUAAGAGUUAUAAUAUGAUAACAUAGCAUGUCAAAUCCAAACACGUUCUUUACAGUGAUGGUAGGUUUGUUCCUUCUAUAGGAGUCAAGAUUCUCCUGACUGGAGGAAUCCUGGAAAUAAUUUGUUUGUUAAUUUCCUGCCCUGGUGGACAACUGAGAGUGAUCUUCAGCAGCUUUUCAGUACACAGGGAGAGGUUGUCGACAGCCACUUGGUGAGAGAUUUUCACACCAAGGAAUCUCGUGGAUUUGCUUUUGUCACUAUGGCAACUACAGAUGACGCUGAGCGCUGUAUCAAGGAAUUCGAUCACACGGUUCAAUUUGAUCGGGUGAUAGUUGUGGAAAGGUCAAUGAGACAGUGUCCCAGGACUCCAACUCCUGGCAAGUACAGUGGUACAAGAUACGACCAUGAACCGAGAGGGAGACAAACUCUUAGUCAUUCACCUAGGCAACAGCGGGAUAAACAUCGUUAUUCAAGGGACCGAUCUCGUAGUCUGUCACCUGUAAGAAAGGAGGAUAGAUAUCGUUUUUCAAGGGAUCGAUCUCGUAGUCAGACACCGAUACAAAAGGAGGAUAGUAAUUCAAGGGACCGGCGAGGAAGAUCACGUUCUCCACGAUCACAUAGGAGGCAGAGGGAUUAG